ACUGGGCGCUGUUCACAGUUUGUUAUGACAAGCCGAGGCCUUGAUCUCAGAAGUUUGUUUUUCUCGUUUGUCUCAUUUUUUUUUUUUUUUUUUUCCCCCCCCCUCAUUUUCAAGAGGCAAAGUCACGAUGGAGGGUAUGGAGCUGGACGUGGACCAGGAGCUCACGCAAAAAUUUAGUUGCAUGGGCACGACAGACAAAGACAUCCUCAUAUCGGAGUUCCAGAGGCUCCUCGGCUUUCAGUUGAACCCCGCCGGAUGCGCCUUCUUCCUGGACAUGACCAACUGGAAUUUACAAGCAGCUAUUGGAGCCUACUAUGACUUUGAGAGUCCUAAUAUCAGUGCGCCUUGCAUGUCCCUUGUGAAGGAUGUGACGAUUGGUGAGGGUGAAUCAGUUCCACCUGACACACGUUUCACCAAGACCUGGAGGAUACAGAACACAGGUGCAGAGUCUUGGCCGCCUGGGGUUUGCCUGAAGUAUGUUGGGGGAGAUGAGUUUGGUCACGUAAACAUGGUAACGGUACGGUCUCUAGCCCCUCAGGAAAUGACGGACGUAAGUGUGCCUAUGGAGAGUCCUGUGUCUCCUGGUAUGUACCAGGGCCAGUGGAGAAUGUGCACAGCAACAGGACUUUACUAUGGAGAUAUUAUUUGGGUAAUCCUGAGCGUGGAGGUCGGAGGCCUUCUUGGUGUCACACAGCAGCUUUCGUCCUUCCAGGCAGAGUUCAACACCCAACCUCAUCGCAAUGUAGAGGGAAAUUACAACCCCUUUGCCUCACCAGAGAGGAGCAAAUGGCCCAACAGCAACACCAGCCUCCAUCAUGACAGCAGCCAUAAAGUCUCAGAGGAACACUGGCAGGGAAGCCCGAACCAGCUGCAGCAAGAUCAGAAUGGACUUUCACACAACUCUGUAGACAUAGUAGCAAACAGCCUACAAAGCAAUCUGUCAAUAGUCACUUAUAACCAGGGUUUACAGGAGCCUUCCCCUUUUGGUCACUCUUAAAUCUUGGGACUUGUUCUAAAGAAACUGCAGUGAUAAGCGCCUCUGGAGCCUACCAGAUCAAUAAGAGAUGGAAGAGGCUUCAUAAGUUGCUGCAGGAGAGUCAGGAAUCACUUUAUGCAAAACGGCUCUACCCUGCAGAGGCACUCUUGAGCAGCAGAGGUCUCUGAGGUCGGAUCCACCAUCCCACAGCCACUGUGUGCUUUUGUGAAUGCUAAGUUUAAAAGUAGCGCUAUGAGUCUUUUGAGUGAUAUCUCUUUUUUUUCAUAUGAUUUAGUUGUCAAAAUUGCCUGUAUUUGUCAAAUUGUAGGUGUAUUCUUGUGAGUGUGUGCACAAGUGCAAAAAGAAAUUUUGGAGGAAAAGCCAUUUAUUUUGCCAAUUUUAAGACUGCCCAAUUCAUCCAUUGAUUGGGUUUCUUGAAAUUUUCCCUUUAACAAAGAAAAGUAAUGAACCGGUAGUUAUUUUGGAAAAAGCAUGUUUUAUUUUUAUAAUACACAGAAAUCCUCCAGAAAGUAUGAAAAGCUUAAGUCAGGUAGUACAUUUACACACACACACACGCACGCGCCACCCAAAUUUGACAAGUCACUAAAAUAAAAUGCAGUAGAAUUGUCCUCCACUUGAGGGUGUCAUCUUCACUUAAAUAUUGUGCAGGGCAGCUUCAAUGACUUGGACUUGUUCAUCGAUUCUCAGCCCCAUAGUCCUUACCUGGUUUAUUUGGCUACAUUUGGAAUGCCUUAUGAAUUUAAUUUAACAUGAGGUGUUUUCUAUGUUUUAUGAUGCCUUAUGCUGUCAAACAGGACUAUCAGAACUAAACUGGGAAAAAGCUGGCGUGGCAUGAUUGAAGCCAAACCUAAUUUGCUGUAUGUAAAUAAGUUGGUUAUCAGAGUAAUAUGUAAGUACCUCAAAGCAUUAUUAAAGGUUUUCUUGCAAGGAAGUAUUACUAAAUUUUAAUCAUAGCUUUCUGAUCCCAUGUAGAGAUCAUUUGGAAACAACCAUCCAUCCAUUAAUUUUAUGCUACAGCAUUCAGUUAACCUAACAUGCAUAUUUUUGAAAUGUGGGAGGAAGCAAGAGUAUCCAGAGAAAGUACAUGUAAUUAAUUAUGUGGAGGAGAUACAAACCCCACACAGAAAAGCAGAGUGUCAAACCUACAACCUUGGACUUUAAGGUAGAUGUGCUAACAAGUUACCACACGCUUCACCGUGCUGCCUUUAUUAACGUGUAUGCUGUUAUAAAGUCAACACCAUCCUAUAUUAGCUAAAAUUAUUGGACGAUUGAUCGUAAUUCCCCAGUGUUUGAACCAAUUAAGCUAUUAUAGCAUUGUACUGCAGUUCAACAUGAACAGCAAUGCAUAGUCAUUGUAAAAACGGAAUCAGUUUACAUGCCCAUUUCAUUUAAAAGCUCUUGCACACUAUCUUUUAAUUUGAAUGUAUUCUAUGAAUGUAGAGAGAGAAAAAUUGUUGGCAAAAUGAUGAAUUAGCCUGAAGGCUAUAGAUUUGUGUUUGUGUUGAAUACUAUUCUGCUUCUAGGGUUCAAAGAUCACCAAUCCUGUAGUGACGUAAGAGCUGACACAUUGGUGUUGUCCUCCUUUUUUGUUGCUGCAUAUUUAGUAGCACUGGACUGACUGAUCUAUGCACUGAGUAACCUGACCUCUGAGGCCCAUGUGUGUGUUACUUCCUACACUUGAGUCCCGAAGGGCUAAUUGACUGAGUCUGGCAAUCACAGCCAUUUUUAAGAGUACUUCACUCUUGGUUGGUAAACAUCUUCAAUGCAGCUGUAACGGUAAACCCCAAACGACGCUGAACUUUUGACAAUAUAAGCUAACACUUCAGCAUGCCACAAAGAAAAAAAAAAUGUCCCAAGAGGUCAAAGCGCAACAGUAAUUGCUCUCAGUAGUAACUUGUCAAGUGCAGUGUGUGUUUAUCUUUGAAGUUUCCAAUGAUGAAUCAUACAGCAGCAUGUUUGUAAGUGUGGGAGUGUUGAAAGCUUUUUCUCUUGUACGUUUGAUGAAUGUUUGUAUGAAUAAAUUAUCGUUGAAAAUUAAA